ACGUAUCCUAGCAAGGAAAAUCAAAGUGCAAUCAGUCAAGCGUUGUUUGAAGACAAAUCCCGGACGUUGGAUUACGAUGGAAUCGCAACCGUCGUCUUCCCGUCAGUUGAGGCCGCAGAGGGAUUCAGCAGAGAUCCAGAGCACGCAAAGAUGCUGAAGGAUUACCCUAAGGUCUAUACUCAAGUGGGCUCAAUUCGCAUCACUGCAGGAGAGGAAGUCCCCGUAGUAGAACUCGUCAAACAUCAAACAGGAAUGAGCACUUCGACUCACGCGUCUCCGGUCGAUUUGUCGAACCAGCAGACGAUCGAACACCCGACAGACGAACAAUUACAAAAGCUUGAACUCAAAGAAAUGACGUCCGAUGUCCCAUCUCAUGAACCAGAACACGACGAAAAGGAGCAGCACGAGGAAAGGCGACCUGAAGAUCAGGACGAUGCCGCCGAACCAACCGCUGAAGACGAGCAAGCAGACGCUCAACCAGUCGAAGAAGAGACGCCCGCUCCCGUAGAGAAAAAGGAGGAAAACCCAAAGGCUCCAGAAGUGCAACUUCGCUCGUCGCGCAAGUUCAAAUCGGUGGGCAACCCAGCGUUCGGCGGUGCGGUCGGUACACCACCUCCCAGGCAGCCCUCUCGUUUCGUCACCGUCGGUAACCCCGAGUACAAGACCAUCAAGGCAUCCAUCACAUCGAUUGCAGAUAUCUACAAGGCGUCGGGCAUGACGGCACCCGAAGAGAAGGGUGAUGAAAACCUCGAGGAUGCAAAAGAAGCCGUGCACGAGACCAUCUUGGAAGAAGACCCGACUUCUCCAUCUGCCGCGUCAUAUCGCUUCUCGGAGCGUGAUGAAGGUGAAGAACACGAUGAAGCGUCUACCCAUUACGAAGAGGCCACUACCGCUAUGGGGAGUGAUGAUGAAGAGGGUGGUGUUGUCGCCGACAAGAUGCCUCCCUCUGCGACCCCCAAGGAGGAAGACGCAUCCUAUUCUUCCGAGGCUGCUCCUCCGUAUGAAAAGGAUCCCUUCUCGGAUGAUGCUCAGGUUGACCACAAGCCCGUCGUCUACGGAGAUGAAAAGAAACCGGUGGUCGGUGGCGAAUACGCCCAGACCACGUCCAACGUCUAUCACCCUGCCGUGCCUGCCACGGGCCCCGACUUAUGA